AUGGCGCCCGCGCCGAGUAUGGCCCAUGGUGCGGGAUUCGAUGGAGGGUUCGCGAAGCAACCGGACCAGGGCUGGCAGAGCACACACCCGGCGGCGAGUGCGGGUCAGAUCGCGCCAGGGCUGCCAACACCGUGGCCGGUGCCGACGGCGGAGCAAGGUUUGCGGGGUACAGCGACGGAGAAGUUCAACCAACAAGUGCAGGAGGCGGCUCAGUUGGCGGGGUCGCCCUGCAACGCAGGCGACCUGGCACGCGUUCGUGCGACCUUUGAGAACGCACUCAAUCGAGAUCCCAAACGAGCUAACUUGCGCCCUGCUCUUGAUGAACUCUACCAACAACUCCAACAGGGCCAGGUCACCGCGCCACUACAACAACAACUCGUCCAAUACGCUGAAGCACUCCACGCAGGCAACCUCGCCGCUGCAAUCAACUUCGCACAGCUCAUGGUCGGCGAAGGCUGGAACAAACACAGCAAGAACUGGCUCAACGCUCUCAAAAAGCUCGCCAGCCCGCCAUCCACCGCACCACAACCACAACCACAACCCGGUCUACCGCAGCCCGCCUGGCCUGGCAUCCCCACCGCACCCGGCAUGUCUACCGUCGGCCGGUUUUAA